CAGAAUUCCCGCCAGCCUAAACUCCUGCAGGACACCGCACUGGGGUACGAACAGACGACGGUGCCCGCUCUCUUUGCAACUAUCUUUCCUUUUGCACAUGCGCACCCUCACAGAGCUCAGAAAAAAGCGCCCUAUAUCUCUAUUUGCAUGUAGAAACCCGCGCGCAGCGCAUGUUUGCGGAGAGGAAAAUGUAGAUCUAAGAAAUUAAAGAAUAGCUCAGCUAUUACCUAACCCUAACCCUUUCUCUUUCCUCUCCGCGAGCGAAAGUGAGAGCCGCUCUUAAGAAGCAGUGAAAAACCAUCAGCUUGGUAAAAUGGUAGAAAUAUUUAAAAACCGCCCCACCAAUAAUAAUGCCCUUCUGGUAAGAUGGGGCUUGCUGCUGUUGAGCUUGUGACUUUUGGCAACGUUCAACAGUACCCUUUUUUCUUACUUAUAUACCUUCUGAGCCUAUAAAUUCAAAGCAUCUAGUUUAUUGUUAACGUUGCCUUAGUAACUUUUUCACAUAAUUUAAGCGGGACUUGUUGCUUUGUCAUAGAUUAGUCCGCUGUUUUUCUAUUCUUCCCAGGAGACAAAGAGCUUAAAGGAACCUGGAAGUGAACGUUCCGUGCGCCUCUAAUUUACAUAUCUAUCAGAACCCAGUUAAUCUAGAUACACAUGCGUAUUUCCGAGGUCAAAUGCCUUUUUUUUUUUUUAAACCACGGCGGCCGAGCGGAGCCAUUUUCCGCUCAAUUCCGCGGUUUCUGUUCUGCUGCUUUUGCUCGGCGACUCUUGUUUAAACCUUGGUCGGGGUUAGAAGAGAAACGUGGCCGGGAAGUGGUUUCCAGGGUAACAGGCCGCUGUGCUUGGCUGCUCCUUCCCCCCGCGGCGUGACCGACUCGAUGGAGAGGCGCCGCUUUUGAGUGGUCUUUGCAACAGCCGCUGGGAAGGACCCGUUAGCAGUUCCUGUCGCGAAUAAGUGGCCGGGGAGGGACCUUAGUCCUCAGGAAGCCCUUGGAGUCACUCCCUGAGCCCACUUAGGAGCGGCUGAGGCUGGGCAGGGCCUGUCUCCAGAGAAGCGCCUCCGCUCCCUCCACAAACGGGGCGCAGAUGGGGGCACGGGCCGGACUUUAGGCGCCCUGCGGCUCCAGAGGCAAUGACCAAAUAUACACCUAUAUACUGCCCCGGUCCUCUGCCUCUUCUGACUGUCGCCGCUCCACAACAACGUCCCCAGCUGCUCCUAGCUGGAGCAUUAUCCACCCACGCCGCCUCUCCAGCCUAGGUCAGCGAAGCGCCAUCCUGAGAAGGGCGGGUCUAUUUUUAAGGACGGUCCGUGGACCGUGGAGGCAGCUUCAGUGAAGAGUCCCUUGUUUCUGCCAUUAAGUUAAAUCGUCCCAAACAGUUUGAAGUCCUCUUUUCUGCAAUGGUUCCCAUCAGGCACAAUGACAACAGCCCUGCUCUCUGUAAGACUACAGGGAAUAAAGAUGCCAAGCCCCCUGAUCCCAAGGACAUCCCCCCCAACUCCUCUCUUUUGAAAGCCCUAGAGGCAAUCGUAGCAGCUGGUCGCCGUGGCUUGCUAGGUCCAGCAGCCAUGGUAGCCGCCGAAAGUGUCCCGGCAUUGAACUUGGAAGGUAGCAAUGGAGUAGCUUCUCAGGAGGACUUGAAUCCUAUUCCACUGGUGGCAGGACUAGAGAAAAGGAAGAAGACAGUCAAUGAGAAACGUAGAGCUGUAAUAACUGUUGUGUCAUCAGCAGAGGGUGCUGGAAGUCUGCAACCUACACCAAAGGAAAUAUGGAUAUGUGGGAAUUCUGUGAUCUUGGCAUCAAAGAAAAGAGCCAAAAGUCACCCACAUGGAUUGCAGUUGGGCAUCUCAUCUUCACGGGCGGAUGUGUAUUGGCAUGGGAUACAGGCCAUGAUGUGGAAGCAGCUCAUGCCUCUUCUGCAUGAAAUUUAUCAUCUCCGAUCUCCUCCAUCAGUAAUAAUAAUUCAUCUUGGUGAAGAUGAUCUGUUACCCCAAAAUAAUAUUUCUCUCAUUAUCUCAAUGAAAAAUGAUUUGGGCAUUCUUAAAAGAGCAUUCCCAGAUACCGUUAUAGUUUGGUCUUCACUGUUACCAAGACGUAUUUGGAAGAAAGACCAAAAACCUGAACAUAUGGAAAAAGCUCAAAAACAUGUUAACAAGGUUAUGGUAGACUAUUGUAAUAAAAUUGGUGUGCACUUUCUGUCACAUAAUUUGAUUACCUCUGAUAAAUCAAACAUCUUCUUGCCAGAUGUCAAUGAUCUAUCUGAUGAGGGAGCUGAUAUCUUCAUAGCAGAUCUGAAGAAAGUCUUAAGACUGUAUCAGAUUUUGGAAUAGCUGGGAAAGAGUUUUUGAAAAGCUGUGCAUAUAAUUUUUGGGAAGGUUGGGUUUAUUAUUACCUGAAAAAAAGGAGAUAUGAGCUGACUACAUUUAUAAAACAUAGCUUAAAACUAUAUAUGUAUAUGUAUAUGUCACAGAUUAACAGAUGCAUUCUUAUAAAUUAUGGAAUGAUGGUUCUCUGUUACAUGAAAAAAAUGAGUCUGACAUCAUGAAGACUUCAUAUGUGUGGUCUCAUGUUAACGAAACUGGGUAUUUUACUCCCUUGGAGGGAUGUUGUAAAAUAACAUAACAACAUAAGAUGUUGUAAUGAAAAACAUCACAAACCUAUGAAAUGGACCUUAUAUCUGCUUGUGCCUUGUUUUUUAUCCUAGUCUUUAAAGAAGCACAGUUUCUAUGAUAUUUAACUUAUAUAUCAGGAGAUAUGUAGAAACAUAUUGAAUGGUCUUUUUUUUCUUAUAAUAAUAAACAAUAUCUGAAAGAAAUGGCUGAGGUUGGACAUCAUGAAAGGGUAUAAACAGCAAUAUUCCAAAAUACUGUAUAUUUAGUGUUGAACCUCAGUUGACGAAUAGCUUAAUCCAAGAGCCUAGUGCCAUUGAAGGCUAUUUCAGAGUAAGACAUUUAGGAAUUUGUAAGAUUCUCUACAAACCAGCAGCAUUGUCUCAAAGAAGUGACUUGGACCAAUAGCCAUGACACCAAACAACAGCUGUUUUCUAGUAUGGCACAUGUAGAAAAUUAUUAUGGCAUUUGACAGCAUAUUGCCUUGUUCCAGUUUUGUUUUU